AUGAUCGGGCCGCAGGUGCUUAUCGAGCACGUGUUCGGUCGUGACGUGCACAGUGUGGUGCCCAAGCUCAACAUUGAGGGGCAGCACUGGGGUGCAGUGGCCCCAGCAAAGAGCCGAAUGGUAGGCACUGGGCGUGUAAUUUUGCCCGUUACACGUUUUGGUGUUCCCAGCAGGGAUCUCAGCGGCAGGCCCUGCGGCCAGGCUAACAAUGAGAGCCCUACAGCCAGUCCGAGGGUGGCUCAUUGCUUUCGAAACACUGUGUGUGUGGUUGUUACAGUGGGCUCCAGACUCCCGAAGAGUAGAGCCAUCGGGCCAGCUGGCCGUGCACUGCAGUAG